GGAGGCGCGGGCGGUAAGGCCGGGACUUUGGCUUUGACACCCACGGCGAGCGGGAUCCGGGCGCUGGUGCCGGGCACUAGAUGCGAUUCUGGCGGCUCCCGCGUCGGAGUGGAGCGGAGGACUUUUUGCCUGGCUCAACGCAACUGCGGCGCCGCCGCAAGUCCUGGUGCAGCUGCAAGACCAGUGCAGCCGCGGCGGCGGGAUUUCGCCGCGGUUGCCGCCGCUCUGCAGCCCUGCAUCUCUGCCGGCUCUCGGAGAGCGACUUGAGAGUUUCUCCCGCAGAAAGAACCGCGACGCGCGUCCCGAGGCGGCGUGGGAGGGAUCCUGUGGCCCGGCCCCUGACCCGCACCCGCGCGGGCACCGGGGCUGGAGGCAGGGCCCCAGCGCUGUCCGGGGCUGGGCUCCGGCUCUGGAGCCGCAGGUGGCCAAGUGAAAGCUACUUUUGGACGCCCUUCUGUGCCUGUAGGUCUGUUGGGCUUCUUUCCCAGCCAGAGACUUCUUCUGCGGUGGUGAGACCUUCCUGGGCCCCGGAUCCUGGCCGGACAUGGGGAGCACCCUGGGCUGCCACCGCUCCAUUCCCCGGGACCCCUCUGACCUGUCCCAUAGUCGCAAGUUCAGCGCAGCCUGCAACUUCAGCAACAUCCUGGUGAAUCAGGAGCGGCUGAACAUCAACACGGCCACGGAGGAGGAGCUGAUGACCCUGCCUGGGGUGACACGUGCUGUGGCACGCAGCAUCGUGGAGUACCGCGAGUACAUCGGUGGCUUCAAGAAGGUGGAGGACCUGGCACUGGUCAGCGGCGUGGGCGCCACCAAGCUAGAGCAGGUCAAGUUCGAGAUCUGCGUGAGCAGCAAGGGCAGCUCCGCACAGCAUUCUCCCAGCUCCAUGCGGCGGGACCUGCUGGCUGAGCAGCAGCCUCACCACCUGGCCACCACCGUGCCCCUUACCCCACGUGUGAACAUCAACACGGCCACGCUAGCUCAGCUCAUGAGCGUCCGAGGCCUCACGGAGAAGAUGGCUGUCAGCAUCGUGGACUACCGCCGAGAGCAUGGGCCCUUCCGCAGCAUCGAGGACCUCGUGAAGAUGGGCGGUAUUAAUGCCGCCUUCCUGGACAAGAUACGGCACCAGGUCUUUGCGGAGCGGUCCAGGCCCCCGUCCACCCACACCAACGGGGGCCUGACCUUCACUGCCAAGCCUCACCCUAGCCCUACCUCGCUGAGCCUGCAGAGUGAGGACCUGGACCUGCCGCCAGGUGGGCCCACUCAGAUUAUCUCUACUCGGCCUUCCGUGGAGGCCUUUGGAGGCACAAGGGAUGGGCGGCCUGUGCUGAGGCUGGCCACCUGGAACUUGCAGGGCUGUUCUCUGGAGAAGGCCAACAACCCCGGGGUUCGAGAGGUGGUGUGCAUGACGCUCCUGGAGAACAGCAUCAAGCUGCUCGCUGUGCAAGAACUCCUCGACAGAGAGGCCCUGGAAAAGUUCUGUACGGAGCUGAACCAGCCGGUCCUGCCCAACAUCCGCAAGUGGAAGGGGCCCCGGGGAUGCUGGAAGGCCGUGGUCGCGGACACACCCUCCACUCAGCUCCAGAAGGGGGCCGGCUUCGCGGGAUUCCUGUGGGACACCUGGGCCGGCGUGGAGCUGAGGGACGCCGCCUCCCAGGAGAGCUCGCCGGGCAACGGGCUGGGGAAGCCCUCGGGGCCCAGCCCCUACCUCGCGUGGUUCAAGGUGGGAAGUAAUGACUUGACUCUUGUGAACCUUCACCUGGCAACCGCGACCCUCCCUGGGGGCGAGAAUCCAAGCAGGAACCACAGUGACAGCCACCGCGUGGCCAGCUUCGCCCAGGCUUUGCAGGAGACCCUGAAAGGAGAAAAGGAUGUGAUCAUUCUAGGGGACUUCGGCCAGGGGCCAGACAGCAGUGACCACGACGCCCUGCGGAGAGAGAAGUUCCACCCCCUGGUCCCUGCGCACACCUUCACCAACAUCAGCACCAAGAACCCGCAAGGCUCAAAGUCUCUGCACAACAUCUGGAUCAGCAGAAGCCUGCGGAAGGUUUUCACAGGUCACUGCGCCGUCGUGAGAGAAGGCCUCACGAACCCCUGGAUCCCAGACAACUGGUCCUGGGGCGGAGUGGCCUCGGAGCACUGCCCCGUGCUCGCCGAGUUCUACGCAGAGAAGGAUGGGAACAAGCGGGAAGGCCCCCGGAACGGCAGCGGGGUCCCCUUGGAGCGAAGCGAAGCCAACAUUAAGCAGGAACGAUGAUGAGACCGAUCAUUUUCCCACCUUACUACGGGAGCGCAGGCGGGAGUCAGCCCUCCCAGGGAAGAUCCAGGGUCCCCACUGCCUGGUGGUCUCUGUCCGGCCGUCAGCAGCGGGCCCUGACCUGCCCACCCCCUUCGUGGACGUUCAGGACUCUUGGGAGGGCGGUGCCAGUGGAGCACCGGCCUGUCGUCCGAUCUGCGGCCCAGACCCCUGCAGACGCGGCCGGCCGGCCAUCGCCGCCUGGGUGGCCGCACGGAGCCGUCCUGCGGGCCGGAAGGGAGGGUGCAAGGUGCUCGGGCAGUGAGGCCGGUCCGAGCAGUGCCGGGAGCUCUCCUCUCCGACCACCGGUCUGUGAUGUUCUGCUGCACAUUACGUAAGCUUCUAACUGUGAUCGAGCGUUCUUCUCAAGUACAUUCAGUGGUUUUUAGUUUUGUUUUGAAAAAUAA